UGGAUAGACUAACGGAUUCAAAUAUUAAAAAGUGUCUUCACGACUUAUGACAGAAAAUUAUUAUGACUGAAAAAGUAAUUGACUACAACUGCACAACCCUGUAAGCGAGAAAAACCAGUAGGCUGGGGUAUCUUUAACCAUAGAAAGAAGGUACAUGUUUGUUUGUAAGCCUUCCCCUUUUUGCUACGACCAAUCAGUGGUGACAACGAGGGAGCCGAUCCCCUCCCAUACGCAAUGGAUGGGACUAGACUAGGAACUCAUUUGUAGCCUACCGUGGUAAUUUGAACUGUUUAGGGCAAGUUGUGCGACUAAGGUGUUGUGUGAACAGACUGUGGAACUCUCUCGAAGAUAGUCUAAGAAGGUUUUAAUUAAAGUCUGUUUUUGUAUUAAUUCCAAACGAUAAUUCUGCCUGGGAACUCACAACAUGGUAACGCUCACGGCGAUCGUUGCUCCGAUGGGUCGUCAACUAUUAAAGCAAUUUUCCAGACACACCAGAGGACAUCGAUGGAUCCCCGUCAGAAGAUGCAAUCUCUCAGCAUGUUCCAGCAAACUUGUGCUCUCUCAUGUGCAUCCGAUGUGGCAGGGAACUCUCGCGGUGCCCGGCGGGGACAGACAGUCUCCGAUCGACAUCGCGGUGCGCAAGAGCGUCUUCGACCCCCAGCUUAAGCCGCUGACCUUCCAAUACGACCCCAGGACUUGCCAGCAAAUAUGGAACAACGGCUACUCCUUCCUCGUGGAGUAUGACGACACCACAGACAAGUCAACUCUGAGCGGCGGCCCCCUGAAGGACCCGUACCGGCUGUGCCAGUUCCACUUCCACUGGGGGGAGAGCAACGCCUGGGGCUCGGAGCACACCGUGGACCGCCGCCUCUACCCUGCGGAGCUGCACCUGGUGCACUGGAACGCUGAGAAGUACAGUCUGUUUGAGGAGGCGGUGAUGGAGGAAAACGGGCUGGCUGUGAUUGGGGUUUUCCUGAAGGUGGGAAAGCGACACGAAGGUCUUCAAAAAUUAGUGGAUGCUUUACCGGCCGUCAGGCACAAGGACAGUGUGGUGGAGUUCACAAAGUUUGACCCAGCCUGCCUUCUACCCAGCAACACCCAGGAUUACUGGGCCUACGCUGGGUCACUGACCACCCCGCCCCUGAGCGAGUCCGUGUCCUGGAUGAUCAUGAAGCAGCACAUCGAAGUCAGCCAUGACCAGUUGGCGGUGUUCAGGAGUCUACUCUUCACCUCCGCGGAGGAGGAGGUGCAGAAGAGCAUGGUCAACAACUUCCGCGUGCAGCAGGCCCUGAAGGGGCGCACCGUGCGCUCCUCCUUUUCGCCCUUCCUCCAGGAGGAGCCGCCCACCAACGGGCCACGCCCGGACCACGCCCACUAGCCCCGCCCACCAACCCGCCAACCCCCAACCCACACGGCCCCACAUCUCAAACUGAGGAACCGGCUGUCCUCAGACUGGGGCUGUGCUCUCAGCCACCCGGCAACCACAGAGCUACUGGGAUUGGUCAAGGAGUCUUUGGGUUAGGGGUCAAGGGUCAAGGGGUGGGGAUAGCGCUUGCUGGUUUAUUUCUGUACCAUUGCCUUGGAGAUUUGGUUGGUUGUAGAGAAAUUAACUGUAAAACGGAAGCAUUCUGUCACCCUGAGGGGAAAAAUCAGAUGUUAAUAGUUUUUAACAUUCAACGUUUCAUUGACCAAACUAGUGAUGGACUUUCACACAGUUCUGUAGGAAGUCAACUGCUGCUUGUUUUAAGAAAUUAGUGUGCAACAAUGUGAGUAAUAUCAUCUUCAGAAGCUACCGCUUCACUACUUAGUGACACACGUAUUGUACCUUGGCCCCGCCCUCAGUGGGAGGCACUCUGUUUUGGCCCCGCCCUCAAUGGGAGUCACUCUGUUUUGGCCCCGCCCUCAAUGGGAGUCACUCUGUUUUGGCCCCGCCCUCAAUGGGAGUCACUAUGUUUUGGCCCCGCCCUCAAUGGGAGUCACUGUCUUGGCCCCGCCCCAGUGCGGGCCACUCUGCAAUAAGGGAGGCUGAGAUGAGUCUGACACUGUCUGCAGGAACACUAAAGCAGCGCUGCAUACAACUGCACUGCAGCAUUACAGACAACUGCAUACAACUGCACUUCAACAUUACAGACAACUGCACUGCAGCAUUACAGACACCUGCAUACAACUGCACUGCAGCAUUACAGACCCUCACGUGCUCUUUAACUCUGUCCAGUUCUGAUUCCUAGCUAGAUUAAUGGUGUUAUGCUCCACUUGUGUGCAUGCAUGUGUUUCUCUGUGUAUACGUGCAGGUUAUUGGUGAUUAGUGGAGUGUCCAGGUGUUUUUUGAUGGUGGACGGGGUUACAGGUGCAUUGUGGGCCGGCGGCAGGCGCCGGUCCGUCACCCAGAGCUUGCCUGCCCCUCCGAAUGGGUUCUGACCAUGUGACCUCAUUGGUGCUGCGAACCGAUUGGACGACUCGUAGACGAGUCCCUCCUCUGUCUCAGAGAGAGAGAGAAAAAGUGCCUUCAGGUGAAAGAUGCACAAGCCCCAUGUUUCUCGGCACCUUCAGUAGUGCCUGCUGGUCAGACGCCCGCCCCACCCCCCCCCCCCCCCACCCACGCCUGCACUGGGUCUGUGUGGGGAGACAAACUGGUGAAUCUCACUGCUGCUGCUGUCACUGUGUGAGUUGUAGUGCCGUGUGCAGAGAGACCAGCCCUGUGAGACCUCCAGACAGCACUAGUCGAGCAAAGCUGGGAGUAUACUUGAUGCAGAAACAAACUUCACCUGGUUCAUAUGAACUAAACAGCAUAAAAUGGCGCGCUUGUGGAGAAAAGCUAUAAACUCCACUGCAUUGACUUUGGCCACCGCAGCGCCCGCAUCCCUGCUGGCUGAGACGUCCGCGCGGAGGGUGGCUGCGUUGGCGGUGUCUGCGUCUCAGUCUUCUCUUUCUUAUUUUUUGCAGCGCUAAAUAAACUAAAGCAAUUUAGCAAUCAUCAACGUCCGUUUCGGGAAGUUCCUGCCCCUUUGCCGCAACCAGAUGUUGUCACUUCUGUGUUUCCUGUGGUUAUCACAACCACAGAAUCCGAAUCUACGCUGAGCGGAGCGGAGUGUCACUGAACCGAACAGCUUUAGGCCGAAAUAAGCAUGCACACGUUUGUACGUGGAGCCACGUUUGGCAGUGGUUCGAUUUCAGCCGAGUUCUCCCUCUUAUCAAGUAUACUCCCAGCUUAGCUGCUGCUGAAGACUCUGAGGAGACAGCCCCCACCUUACUGUCUGUUGCCAAUAGGCGAAAAUGCCCCCCCACCUCGCAUUGGUAUUAAAGACAGUUUCUGUGCUGGGGCCAAUAAAGACCAAUUUGGCACGGGGCAUUUUUCUUUGGGGAGGGUCUGU